CUGCGGGAACAAGGAGCAGGAGGGCGCCGGGGAGGAGCCGGCCGCGAGGCCGGGCGCCUUCAGCGACCCCGUCUACAAGGAGAUCGCCGUCACCAACGGCUGCAUCAACAGGAUGAGCAGGGACGAGCUGCGCCGCAAGCUGGCCGAGUUCAAGCUCGACACCAGAGGGGUGAAGGACGUGCUGAAGAAGAGGCUCAAGAACCACUACAAGAAGCAGAAGCUGGUGCAGAAGGAGGCGGCGGACGGCGGCGGCGGCCUCGACUACCUCUGCGUCGUGGACUUCGAGGCCACGUGCGAGGAGGGCAACCCGCCCGGCUUCGUGCACGAGAUCAUCGAGUUCCCCGUCGUCCUGCUCAACACGCGCACCCUGCAGAUAGAGGAUUCCUUCCAGCAGUACGUGAAGCCGGAGAUUAAUCCCAAGCUUUCUGCCUUCUGCGUCGGCCUCACGGGGAUCACGCAGGAGGUGGUCGACAAGGCCGACCCGUUCCCUCAGGUGCUGCAGAACGUCGUGGAUUGGAUGCGGGCGCGGGAGCUGGGAACCAAGUACAGCUACUGCCUGCUCACCGACGGCUCCUGGGAUAUGAGCAARUUCUUGAACAUCCAGUGCCGUAUCAGCCGGAUCAAGUACCCUUCCUUUGCCAAGAGGUGGAUCAACAUUCGCAAGUCGUACGGGAACUUCUAUAAGGUUGGUAGCGGUUGCCUUUUCAUUUUCUCUUGUGKGGGGAAGAGGAGCGAUGUUGUAGAGGUCUGAUGGGUCCCGUUGUGCCUGGCA